UAAUUAAACAUUACUUUCAAACACUCAUAGCGUUUAUACUGACGGCUAAAUCGCUGUUGAAAUCGACCGCAAAUUUAUUAUAUUGAGACAAAUUGUUAUUAGUUUUUGUAUCGAAUCGUAAAAAAAUUGAAGAGAUGUCGGAUAAAAUUAGUUGCGGACCUAUAGUUGAGAUGCAAGGCGACGAAAUGACACGAAUCAUAUGGGAUCUAAUCAAAGAUAAACUUAUCUUUCCCUUUGUCAGCGCUGAACUACAUUUCUUUGAUUUGGGUAUUGAAAACAGAGACGCAACCAAUGAUGAGGUGACUGUCGAGUGCGCCAAUGCUAUACUCAAAUACAAUGUCGGUGUUAAGUGUGCGACCAUUACUCCCGAUGAGAAACGGGUCGAAGAAUUUGGACUCAAACAGAUGUGGAAAUCUCCGAACGGAACUAUUCGUAAUAUAUUAGGCGGAACCGUAUUCCGUGAGCCAAUUAUAUGCAAAAAUAUUCCUAAAUUAGUUCCCGGGUGGAAGAAACCCAUUAUCAUUGGUAGACAUGCAUUUGGUGAUCAAUACAAAGCUACCGAUUUUGUAGUUCCAGGAAAUGGAAAACUAGAGAUAAAGUGGACGCCUGAGACCGGCGGACAACCCAUCAGUUAUACUGUUUUUGAUUUUAAAGACGGCGGAGGAGUAUCACUAUCAAUGUAUAACACGGAUUCAAGUAUUAAAGCAUUUGCCGAAUCGUCACUUCAGUACGCAUUGGAUCGAAAAUAUCCACUAUAUAUGAGUACUAAGAAUACGAUUCUUAAGAAAUAUGACGGAAGGUUUAAAGAUAUUUUUCAAGAGAUUUAUGACAAACAAUAUAAGUCUCGCUAUGAAGAGGUCGGCAUUUGGUAUGAACACCGACUCAUCGAUGAUAUGGUGGCGCAGGCACUCAAAUCUGAUGGAGGCUUUGUCUGGGCCUGCAAGAACUAUGAUGGUGAUGUCCAAUCAGAUUCUGUGGCUCAAGGAUAUGGCUCACUCGGUAUGAUGACCUCUGUACUUAUCUGUCCCGACGGCAAGACUAUUGAGGCCGAAGCAGCGCACGGAACUGUUACUCGACACUACCGAAUGCAUCAACAAAACAAAGAGACGUCCACUAAUCCAAUCGCUUCGAUCUUUGCGUGGACUCAAGGUUUUCUUCACAGAGCAAAGCUCGACAAUAACCAGCCAUUGGCUAACUUCGCACAGACUCUAGAAAAAGUGUGCGUCGAUACCAUUGAGUCUGGUUUUAUGACCAAAGAUCUGGCCAUUUGUAUCAAAGGCAUGGAUAACAUAACGAAAAAUGAUUAUUUAAAUACAUUUGAAUUCUUCGACAAACUCGCAGAGAAUCUGAGAGCAGAACUAAAAAAGUAAUUGACUUUUAAGGUUUGAAAAGUCAUCUAUAAAUGUAAACUCAAUCUUUACAUUUGAAAUUUUUAUUGAUUUUACACUUAUAUA